UAUCAAGACCAACACAUGUUGCCAACCAUCGUACUUCCGCACGAAAACUUCAGCGUUCGAUCCUUAAUCCAGCAGAUACCAAAGUUUCAGGAUGUUAAAGCAGACAUUUUCGUCUAUUUCACCGUACUGCUGAUUGCAAACAUGCAGACAGCAAUACCACUUUUGGCUGCAGUUGAACCUGCAGCUGUUGGCAGCGAACCAGUUCUGGAAAUAUACAUGCAUGACAUUCUUGGAGGGAGUAGCCCUACGGCUAGGCCAAUCACUGGCUUGCUAGGCAAUAUAUACAGCAGUGAAGUGCCCUUUGCAAAGCCGAUAGGGUUCCUUCCUCCAGACGGUGGUGUGGCUAUCCCUAAUGCCAACGGUGCCAUUCCAACUGUGAAUGGCGCCAAUGGUCUCCCACUAGGAACCGGCUUAUCUGGUACAUCCUUCGCCGGAAAUCCUAAUGGUGAAAAGAAUGGCAAUACAGCUACCCAACUGGCACCAGACGGGUUGGGACUAGGCUUUGGGACAGUCACCGUUAUUGAUGACAUACUGACCUCUAGUCCCGAAUUGGGUUCACAGACAAUUGGGAAAGCUCAAGGAGUCUAUGUGGCAAGCUCUGCGGAUGGAUCAAGUCAGCUGAUGGCAUUUACGGCUAUGAUGGAAGGAGGGGAGUACAAUGAUAACCUCAACUUCUUCGGAGUGUACAAGAUUGGGAGUAGCAAGUCGCAACUGUCAGUGACUGGAGGGACAGGCAAAUUCAAGAAUGCCAAUGGAAUUGCAGAGUUGAAACCACUGAUUCCUCCAGGUCAACGAGCAACAGAUGGUGCAGAAACAUUGCUGAGGAUUACCGUUCACUUGAAGUACUGAGGAUGUCUGGUCUGUUGUCUGGAUUUGAAUGUGAUAUAUACAGUGUCUGUGAUUGUAUUAGCUACAGGUGUAUGUUGAGUAUCUCUAAAUUGUAAUCUUGUGUUUAACUGUUGUUGUAAAGUAUGGCAAUGCGGCAAUGCCUAAUGAAAGGGACCUAUUUCCGGUGAUC